AUGGGGAACAAACUAGCCACGUUUACUGAAGAACAGUUGGAAGAUUAUCAGGAUUGUACGUUUUUCACGCGAAAAGAAAUAUUAAGAGUAUACAAACGUUUUCGAGAAGUAUCACCAGAAAUAGUACCAAAAUGCAUGACGGGAGAUGAACCAGUUACUGCAAAAGUUCCUCGAGAUCUUAUGGAAAGAUUGCCUGAGUUGCGCGAAAAUCCCUUUAAAACGCGGAUUUGUGAAGUAUUUUCCAGUGACGGAGCAGGAGACUUGUCCUUCGAAGAUUUUCUAGAUUUGUUAUCAGUGUUCAGCGGACAGGCGCCAAGGGAUAUCAAAGUUUUUUAUGCCUUCAAAAUAUACGAUUUUGAUGGAGAUGACCUAAUAGGUCCGAGUGACCUCCGUGCAGCUCUGCGCCUCUUGACCCGUGAUUCGCAAGAAUUGUCCCAGGACGAAUUGGCACAAAUUGCCGGAAAGGUAGUUGAGGAAGCAGAUGUUGAUGGCGACGGAAAAUUGUCUUAUAUGGAAUUUGAACAUGUUAUUACUAGAGCACCUGACUUCUUAAAUACGUUCCACAUUCGUAUUUAA